AUGAUAAACAUCAUUGACGAAUUAACUAAGAUUACGGAGCCAGUGCCAUUGGAGAAGGAGGCAACGAUUAGGGAGGAGCCAAACCCUAAAUCAGUGAUGAAUGAAAACGAUAGUGAGACACCUCAGGAGGAUGAAACAAAGGAACCGAAACACAAAUCGUACGUUGAAUCAGUGCUCAACUCUAAUGAAAUGAAGGUGAAUUUUCGAGCCCUUACUAAUCCAGAAAACUAUAAUGGGUGUGAUGUGGUGCUCCCUCGGGAGUCUGUUCGAAUAGUCCAUGAAAAAUUAGUGAAUACCUUAUAUGGUUAUUUUCUGGGUGAUCGGGUGGCGUAUCCGGUAGUUGAAUACUUCGUUAGAAACAACUGGAAAAAAUUUGGAGUACAAAAAUGUAUGAUGAAUGCUAAUGGGUUUUUCUUUUUUAAGUUUGGGGAUCAAAAAGAGAUGUUAAAUGCCAUGCAAGGGGGUCCGUGGAUCAUUAGGUCACAGCCGCUCAUUCCUAAUGAGUGGUCCCCUUCCAUUAAACUUGAGAAAAAGGAGGUGAAGACGAUUCAAGUCUGGGUAAAAAUUCAUGAUGUCCCAAUUGCGGCAUAUACGGAAGAUGGAUUAAGCUUAAUUGCGACGGCGAUUGGGGUGCCAAAAGUUCUAGAUUCUUAUACGACGACCAUGUGUAUGGAGGCAUGGGGAAGGAGCAGUUAUGCGCGGGCGCUUAUUGAAAUCUCUGUUGAAAAGGAGCUUAAAGAGGAGCUGGUUAUGGCUAUUCCAAAGUUUGAUGGUGAAGGGUUCAUUACUGAAAAAAUGUUUGUUGAGUAUGAAUGGUCACCACAUCGAUGUGCUCAUUGUUUUGUGUUUGGUCAUUUAGAUGAAACGUGUCCAAAACAGGUUCGAACCUCAAACAAAACAGUGAAUAAGGUGGAUGCAGAUGGGUACAUGGCUGUUAAACAGCGUAAAGUUGCAAGGAAGAUCGGGAUUCAGAUUCCUAAGCCUAAGAUGGAAUAUAGACCGAAACCUCUAGCUCCAAAUAAAGACCAGAAAGUUAUAAACAAGAUUGAUAAGAUGGAUCCAAAGAUGUUCAAAACUAGUAACAUGUUUGAUGUGUUAAGCAAUGACACGGAUCCGUUUGCUAGCAUUUACAGUGAAUCCGGGGGAGGAGAGGCGUCUAGUAGUAAAGCUCCAGGUGUAGAACUAAAGGACUACGAGGGUACUCAGGAGGAGGAGGAAGAAGUUGUUGAAGUUUAUAAUGAAACGGCUGAGUUUAUGGUGUCUCACAAUAAAUCAGGGGCAAGCACUCCUGCAAUGACAGUGUCUAAUGGUUAG